AUCAGAAGGCCGGUUCUUCCCUGGAAAGGAAGGACAUAACAUCCACAGCAGGAUCUCUUAGAUGCUAGGAUUUCAGCUGGGCACUGUGGACCAAAGAUUCAUAUUUCUACAGUUCAAGAUUAACGGAAUGUGAAGAAGCAAAAGGGGGCAAACCAAAUCCGAGAUUCUGCUGGCAGUAGCUUUCAACUCAUUGCCAGUUAGACGCAACAUGAAAAGCUUGAAAAUGUUCCUGAUCAUUAUCUGUUUGGUGUGCAGCCUACACCUCGUCAUCUCACAGCAUGAAGACUGCACCAACGUGACCACUGCAGACAUUGUGUUUCUAAUAGAUGGGUCUUCCAGCAUUGGUACAUCAAAUUUUGAACAUGCAAAAAAAUUUAUGCAGAAGAUAGUUGAGAAUCUUGAUGUUGGUCAAGGCAAGAUACAAAUUGGGGUGGCACAGUACAGUUCUGAUACAUAUGAAGAAUUCCUUUUAAAUUCAAUUUCAUCAAAACAAGAAAUCCUGUCAGCAAUACAGAACAUGCGUUAUAGACAGGGAGGAUCAAAUAUGGGCAAGGCCCUUGGUUUCAUUCUGACCAACUACUUCACCAAAUCUUCUGGAAGUAGACUAGAGGAAAAAGUCGUGCCUCAGAUUGUUAUUUUACUCACUGAUGGAGAAUCGUCUGAUAAUGUAACUAAAGAAGCCCAGGCUCUUCGAAAUAAGGGCAUCAAAAUAUAUGCCAUUGGUGUUAACAUUGAAAAUGUCAAAGAACUUCAAAAAGUAGCAAGCCGCCCUUUCAAAAAAUUUAUUUUUAAUAUUGAGAGUUAUGGUGUACUCCAAAAAGUAAUGAGUGGGAUAUUAGGAACAAUCUGCUCUGCUGUGCGUGCUGAACUUCAAGCAUUAUCGACAGAGUUUGCAGAUGUGGUAUUUCUCGUGGAUAGCUCUGAUCGAAUCCAAAGAUCGGGCUUUCAGCAAGCAAAGUCCAUUAUUAGCAAGACCAUCAACAAGUUAGAAAUAGGACCUAAUGCAUUUAGAAUUGGCCUCGCACAGUACAGUAGAGAUGCAAAAGUAGAAUUUUUAUUUAAUACUUAUCAAAGGGUUGAACAGAUGCUGAACCAUAUCAACAAAAAGCUUAUCUAUUCUGGAGGCCCUCUCAACACCGGGAAAGCCAUACGUUUCUUGAAUUCCACAUUUUUUCAGGACUCUGCAGGAAGCCGAAUAAAUGAGGGUUAUCCUCAGUAUGCUGUGAUUAUAACAUCAGACAAAUCAGAGGAUAACGUUCAGUUGGCUGCAAAAGAGUUGAAAAGUAGAGGUGUUAGAGUCAUUGUUGCUGGUGUUAAAAAAUUUGAUCAUACAGAAUUUGAAAACACGGUUCAAUUAAUUUACAAAGCAAGUGAUACACGUGGUAUGGAUCAGAUCAAUGAGAAUAUAACAAACGUCAUCCUCAAACCACUGGAGGCAGAUAAAUUCAGUCCCCCAGAAUGUGCCCAUGCUUCAGUCGCUGAUAUCGUGUUCCUUGUUGACCAGUCUACCAGCAUUGGAAAAAAAAACUUUCAACAGAUUCGUCAUUUCCUGCAUGAGAUGGUAGAGGCACUUGAUGUACAUGUGGACAAAGUGAGAAUUGGCAUGGCUCUGUACAGCACUAAAGCAGAGGUAGAAUUUGAUCUUAAUGCUUUUAAUGAAAAGGAUGAUGUCUUGCAAUACAUUAAAACUUUGCCUUAUAGAGGUGGUGGGACAAACACUGGAGCUGCCCUUGACUUCAUUAGAACACGUCUGUUCACAGAAACUGCUGGAAGCAGAAUAGCAAAUGGAAUCAAGCAGAUAGCGAUUGUGAUCACUGAUGGAAAGUCUCAGGACAACGUUUCUGUCCCUGCCACCAACCUUCGUAGACUAGGUGUGACUGUUUAUGCAGUGGGUAUACAGAAUGCCAAUGAACAGGAACUGAAUUACAUUGCAUCUUAUCCUAUGCGGGACCAUGUUAGCAUCUUAUCAAAUUUCCUACAACUCCACUACUUGAAAGAACACAUUGUGAAGGAGAUUUGUAGAACAAUCAUUGAAGAAGCUUUUAGCCCAAUGUUAUCAGUUAAUCUUCGUGAAGAAUGCAUUGAAACAGAAGAAGCAGAUAUUUAUUUUCUUGUUGAUGGAUCUGGAAGCAUUUAUCCUCAGGACUUUUCAGACAUGAAGAAAUUUAUGAAUGGAGUAAUAGACAUGUUCAACAUAGGUGCAAAGAAAAUUCGAGUUGGAGUAGUUCAAUAUGCAGACAUUCAGCUAAGAGAAUUUGCCAUCGAUCAGUAUGUGGUGAAGUCAGAUAUAAAGGAUGCAAUCAAAAAUAUCAGACAGAGGGGAUAUGGCACCCAAACUGGUAAAGCAUUGAAUUUUAUGCAACCUCUUUUUAAAGACGCUGCAAAAAGUCGCAAUGCGAACGUUUCACAGAUUCUAAUAACAAUUACAGAUGGAAAAUCACAAGACAAUGUUUCUAAGCCUGCUGCUUCUCUGAGAAAUAUGGGAAUCAAGGUGUAUGCUAUCGGUAUACGAGACGCUGUAGAUGCAGAACUUUUAGAUAUUGCAGGGGAAGCUAAACGAAGGUUUUAUGUACAUAAUUUUGACUCUCUUGACAUCAUCAAAAAAGACGUUGUGAAAGAAAUUUGUUCAGAGGGAGUUUGCAAAAAAAUGGAAGGUGACGUCAUCUUCUUAAUGGAUGGUUCAGAAAGCAUUAAUGCUAAAGACUUCACAUAUAUGAUGAAAUUUGCACAGUCAUUGGUGAAUAAAUUUGACAUUGGUGAAGAUCGUGUCAAGGUUGGUCUAAUUCAGUUCAGUGAUGAGACAAAGGCUGAGUUUGAGCUAAGACCCAACAAACCUGAAAUUCUGCAGGCAAUUAAUGAAAUCCAGCAAAUGCAGUCUGGGACUAAAACAGGGAGAGCACUUUCGUUUGUGUCUGAAUACUUUGAAAGUAACAGAGGGGGCCGUCCAGAUCUUUCCCAGAAUCUCAUUGUAGUUACUGAUGGUGAGUCUCGGGAUGAAGUUGUCAAACCUGCCAAGGCUCUCAGACAGAAGGGCAUUAAUAUUUUUGCUAUUGGGGUUGCCAAGGCAAACACUACUCAACUUGAAGAAAUCAGUGGCAACAAAGCAAAAGUGUUUUAUCAAGGAAACUUUGAGGGACUAAAAUACUUGGAACGUGAUAUCUUGCUUGGUAUCUGCAGAUCAGAUGAAAUUUGCAAAAGAGCAGAAGUUGCAGAUAUUAUUUUUGUAGUCGACACAUCAACUAGCAUCACACCUGAAGAAUUUGUAACCAUGAAACGGUUUAUGGAGUCUGUUGUGAAUGAUACUGAGGUUGGAGAAAACAAGGUUAAGUUUGGUGCAGUUCUAUACAGCGAUUCACCUAAAGUCAGCUUCACACUUCGUGAUUUCACUUCAAAGUCUCAGGUCCGAGAGGCUAUUUUAAACCUGGAGCAACAGAGGGGUUCAACGUACACAGCUGCAGCUCUUAAUUAUACAAAGCAGUACUUUGGCAUGCAGUAUGGUGGUAGGAAACAAAGAAAUAUCCCCCAAAUUCUAAUGGUUAUCACAGAUGGAGAAGCCACAGACAAAUAUGAUGUGCCAGCAGUUUCCAGAUCUGUUCGAGAAGCUGGUAUCAAUAUCUAUGCUGUUGGAGUACGUGAAGCAAAUCAAGAUGAACUAGAAAUUAUGGCAGGUGCAAAAGAAAAGGUCUUCUAUGUAAAGGAUUUUAAAAAGCUGUCUGAAAUACACAAAAACAUCACAAAUUUAAUCUGUAAUCAAUCUCGUCCAGGUUGUGAUAUUGAAGUGGCAGAUAUUGUCGUCUUGCUUGACAGUUCUGGUAGUAUUUCAAAGACUAAUUUUGAUAUUAUGAAAAAUUUCACAAAGCAAGUGAUAAACAGCUUUGAGAUUGGACAGAACAGAGUUCACAUGGGAGUAUGUCAGUACAGCACAAAUCCAAAGAAGGAAGUUUAUCUAAAUGAAAUUUAUGAAAAAAAGAACUUGUACAACAAGAUAAACAAUAUUAUUCCAUUAAAACAAAAUACUCUUACUGGAUCUGCGCUAAAAUAUGUUGCGACAUUUUUUGAUCCACAGCAAGGUGGUCGCAGUAUGAGUGUCCCAAAGUUCCUGCUUGUUAUUACUGAUGGGGUGUCCCAGGAUCAGGUGUCCACUCCUGCUGCAGAGCUCAGGAAUAAAGGUGUGAACAUCUUUUCAGUUGGAGUUGGAAAGGCAAACAUUUUUGAACUUAUCCAAAUUGCCGGAACAUCAAAGCAAGUCUUAAAAGUGGAAACUUACUCUGACUUAGACAACAUAAAAAGAAGGAUUGUUCGAAAUAUCUGUGAUAAACCUGACUGUGACAGCCAUGAAUGCAGCGUGGAUAUCCUCAUAGGAUUUGAUAUAUCAAAAAGAACCAAAGUUUCAGUUCUAUUUGAUGGACAGCGUAAACUACAACUGUACCUUCCUCAAAUUUUGAAGAAAGCAUCUUCUUUAAGCAGUAUUACUUGCAGUGGUGGCUCUAGGCCUAAGGUCAGGUUUUCCUUCCUAGUACUUGGAGAAGGAGCCAAUACCAUAUUUAGCUCACCGUAUGACGCAUAUUAUGAAGACGCUCUUCAGAGAUUGAUGUCUUUUCAAACAAGUGAAACAUCAUACUUAAAUAUUCAGUCCUUGCAGGUGUAUUUAGAGAAUCUAAACAGUACAGCAACUGCUAAAGUAAAGGCUUUGCUGAUGUUUUCCGAUGGUCUGGAUGAUCCAGUAAAUCAGCUGUGGAAUAUUAUUAAUAGUUAUAACCAUGAAAGACAAGGGAAAGCAAUCAGUGCUCUAGAAACAGUAGCCCUGGAAGGUGCGACAAAUAUAAAGGAAAUACAGUUGAUUGAAUUUGGAAUUGGUUUUAAAUACAGAAUACCCAGAAGCAUUGAAAUACAAGAUUUUCCAGAUAUAUUUCUGAAUGAACUUGAUGCUAUAACAGAAAAGAAAUGCUGCAAUGUGUACUGCAAAUGCACAGGAGAGAGUGGGAACCUUGGAAGUCCUGGUAGUCCAGGAGAUAAGGGUGAUAUCGGAUUAAGGGGAUCUCCAGGACAUCCAGGUGACGAAGGUACAAGUGGCAGCAGAGGACCACCUGGCUUUAAUGGAACUCAGGGUAUUCAAGGAUGUCAAGGACGCAGGGGUGUAAAGGGAGCAAGAGGCUUUAUAGGUGAUAAGGGAAGUAGUGGAGAAGCUGGAUUACAUGGAAUUGCAGGAGAAGAGGGAGGCACUGGCAGUCCUGGAAGCCCUGGUGAAAAGGGUGAACUCGGCAGAAGGGGUCAAAGAGGUACUAGAGGUGAACUCGGGGAACGUGGAGAAACUGGCAUACGAGGAGAUCCUGGCAGUCCAGGACGAAAUAGCAUUGUUCGUGGUCCCAAAGGAAGCAAAGGAAAUGCAGGACGGCAGGGUGACCCAGGGGAUGAAGGUGUUCAUGGAGACACAGGGAAGACUGGCAGUGCUGGUUCACCUGGUAGAAGAGGACGCCCUGGUUUAAAGGGAGAAAAAGGUGUCCGAGGAGGUACAGGUCCUAGAGGAGAGCCAGGACUCCAUGGAAGACCGGGUGAAAAUGGUGUAACUGGAUUUCCAGGGGCAAAAGGAGCUCCAGGACCACAUGGCAUUCAGGGUGAUCCAGGUCCUACUGGUGCGAAAGGCAACAGCGGGCGUUUAGGGCCUAUUGGACUAAAAGGUGAACAAGGAGAACCUGGGGAAAUGGGAGAACAAGGUCUCACAGGAAACUAUGGCCUGCCGGGAAUAGAUGGCAGAGAUGGAUAUGGCAUCCCAGGGAAAAAAGGAAUUAAGGGUCAGAUAGGAUUUCCAGGAAUCGGAGGCCCACAGGGAGAUGAUGGUGAUUCUGGCAGUCCUGGUAGCAAAGGAGCCAAGGGAAACAGAGGAAGACGGGGAAACUCUGGCCUUCCAGGAGAGAACGGAAGCCCUGGCACUUUGGGACCAAAUGGACCAAGAGGACCUAAAGGACAAGCUGGAAAACUAGAUAUGAAACCAUGUGAUCUUGUUAAAUUUGUCCGUAACAAUUGUCCCUGCUGCCAAGGAGCACAAAGAUGUCCUGCUUUCCCAACUGAAGUGGUGUUUGCACUUGACAUGUCAAAUGAUGUACAAACAAAACAGUUUCUGAGAAUGAAGUCAAUUAUGCAAACUUUAGUGACAGAUUUACAAAUAAGUGAAAGUAAUUGUCCUACUGGAGCACGUGUAUCAGUUGUUUCCUACAAUACCAACACAAAGCAUAUAAUUCGUUUCUCAGAGUAUAACAAGAAAGUCAAGCUGUUAGAGGCCAUUAAAAAAAUACCAUUAGAAAGGACAUCUGUCCGACGCAGUAUUGGUACUGCAAUGAGGUUUAUUGGGAGAAACAUAUUUAAAAGAGUUCGUCAAGGUUUCUUUACAAGGAAAAUUGCCAUAUUCUUUGCUAAUGAAGACUCUCCAGAUUUGGAUGAAAUGAAUACAGCAGUUUUGGAAUAUAAUGCAAUGGAUAUUAUUCCAGUUGUUAUUGCCCUCAAUGAUGUUCAAAAUAUAAGGCAAGCUUUUGAGGUUGACGAUACAGGCAAAUUCCGAGUGUUCGUCUUGACAGAUGAUACGGAAGGAAUGUUGAAUAUUAUUCGAUCAUGUACUCUUUGCUAUGAUCCAUGCACUAAAGAUGAAGAAUGUGAAGCUCCUCAUAGACUAGUGGAAAUGGACAUGGACUUGGCAAUUGUCCUUGAUAGUUCACGAAACAUAAGAAGCAGCCAGUUUGAAACAGCAAAAGGAUUAAUACGUAGAAUUAUUGAUCAGCUCUCCAUAUCAUCUCAGCCACAAACCUCACCUAAAGGUUCCAGGCUUGCAUUGGUGCAACAUAGUCCUCUACGGUACUUUCCAGGAAGAGGGCAAGUACCUGUGCAAAAAGAGUUUGAUUUCAUUACUUUCACCAAACGCAUUCACAUGCAAGAACACCUUGAAAGAGUUCAGCAUUUACAAGGUUCAUCAGCAGUUGGUCAUGCAAUUGAGUGGACAAUCAACAAUGUUUUUAAACAGGUUCCAAACCCUAGAAAACUAAAGGUCAUAUUUGUUGUUCUUGGGGGCAAGACAGUUCCCUGGGAUCAGAAAAGGAUGACCGAAAUAUCUCUAUAUUCUAAAUGCUUGGGUUUUUCUGUGUUUACAGUAGCACUUGGAAUGGACAUAAGUAACUCUGAACUCACUGGGCUCUCAAGUUCUCCUUUAGACCAGCAUUUUAUCCAUCUGGGUGCAGUCAUGGAACCUGACAUUCAGUUUGCAGACAAAUUCAUCCGGGCAUUCUUUAAUCUCCUUAAAAGUAAGUGUAUUUUAUCAAAAGAACUCAGAAUACAGUAA